CUGUCGCCCUGGCGGUGACAUCCUCGUGAUCUUGGAUAGUGCUGCUCUCUGAGAGACCCUCGUUUCAUCGUGAAUAGAUCCACAUGGAUGGGCGGCUUGUCGCACACUACUAAAUAGCUCGGGACCAGAGAGGUACAAAGCCAGAGGUCCGUUGCCUUGUGAGCUCCUAUAGGAAUAACUUGCGCUGUCGAUAUAACAUUUGAUUCUCAAAGAAUGGUUUUAUGAAUAUUCAUCAGUCUUGAAUAUUUCCCAAUCUUGGACAGCACACAAAAUCGUAUAAUUGGUGCUGAUGAAUUCAUUUCUCUCGACAUCAGAUUUAUCACGAAGGGAUUAGUAUGGGAAGUUAUUUCCAUGGUGAUAACAUGUUUUACAAGCAAACGGGAGCUACUUCGUCGCCAUGCGAACCUUCAUAAUAUUUCUUAUGUAUACAAAGUCGUCAUAGCAACAAGUGCCCGAGGAAAGUCUUUGGAUACCACGUAAUUGCUAAGGUCAUCAUAGUUUGGAUCGUAUUAAUUAGUUUGUUCCAUGUGAAAGAAGAAAUCGCCUAAGCCGGUUAUUUCAAAGAGCAAAAUUAUAUUCGAAAUCGAGGAUUUAUUUUUAUGUAAAAACUUUAAAAUCGGCGCAUUUUUCAAGGGAAUAAAAGAGUUAUAAUUGUGCAAUGUGAGGAAUUUACAAACAGCAAAUAGUGUUUGUAAAUUGAUGUUAGUGGGAGGAGUGACAUCAUGGAUAUAAGUGCGUUUGAGGGUUUUCUUUUCUCUGACGAAACACGCAGGGUUGGUGGAUAGUACUGGACUGAUAUUAUAGAGUGAAGACUAUUCGAAAAUGUAUGAAAACUAGGGAGUGGGCGUGGUCAUGGCGACGUCACCAACAACAAGUAAACCACCGGAUAAGGUGAAUCACUCCAAGUCGUUCGAUGACGAAGUAGAAGUUUUAGAAAAUGGAGGCUUGAGUCCCCAGUUAUCACUCAGGACAGAUGAUGAUACCUGUUCUGAAAUCAUCCGGAUCGAACAGCAGAGCUAUGACGAGCCCGAACAAGUGUCAGCAAUGGAGCGGAUCGCUCGUACAUUACAGGUGAUAAAAUCAUGGGCAUCAGGACGAUGGCGGUCUCGGACGUUACCACAGCGGCCGGAUUCCUUCCUGGAGAGAGUUGCAAUGGGAGGGCAAGAUGUCAAAGAUGCAAAUGGAGACAGGAAGGUUCGCAAGAUUUCCGACAUCAGGUACUGGAAGGGGUUUGUGGUGGACCCGUCUCAAGAUUUCUAUUAUCGGUGGCUCUUUGUCAUCUCCAUAUCUGUCCUCUACAAUGUUGUCUUUAUCAUCGCACGUUCGGUGUUUUGGGAGUUGCAGAGGAGUUACAUGUCCCUGUGGCUGGCCCUAGACUACCUCAGUGACAUCCUGUAUGUGAUCGACAUGGGGAUAUCAUGCAGGACAGGGUAUCUGGAGGAGGGACUCCUUGUACGUGACGGUACUAAACUACGACAGCACUACACGUCUUCGACGAUGUUUAAGACGGAUAUCCUUAGCAUAUUACCGACAGAUUUUUUCUACUUUCUAAUUGGUCUGGAUAAACCAGAACUAAGAUUUAAUCGAAUCAUUCGAUUUAACCGUCUGCUCGAGUUCUUUGACAGAACGGCUACAAGAACUAGUUUUACAAACAUGAUCAGAAUCAUGAAUUUGGUGCUUUACAUUCUGAUCAUUAUUCACUGGAAUGCCUGUAUAUAUUUUGCUAUCAGCAACUCAUUAGGAUUCGGCUCAGACCUGUGGGUAUAUCCAAACGUUUCCGAUCCAAAAUUUCAACCAUUAACCCGGAAAUACAUCUACAGUUUCUACUGGUCAACUUUAACCCUAACAACGAUUGGAGAAACCCCAGUCCCAGAAAAGGACGAGGAGUAUCUAUUUGUGGUCGUCGAUUUCCUCAUCGGUGUCCUCAUUUUCGCUACCAUCGUCGGUAACGUCGGUAGCAUGAUAACAAACAUGAACGCUGCACGCGCGGAAUUCCAAGGGAAAAUGGACGGAGUAAAACAAUACAUGGAGUUCCGUAAAGUGUCCAAAGAGCUCGAGCAAAGAGUGAUCAAAUGGUUUGAUUAUUUGUGGACCAACAAGAAAUCAUUAAAUGAGGAGGAAGUAUUGGCGUCACUUCCGGAUAAGCUCAAGGCAGAAAUAGCGAUACACGUGCAUUUAGAUACGUUGAAGCGUGUUGCUUUGUUUCAGGAUUGUGAGCCUGGUUUACUUGUGGAGCUUGUACUAAAUCUCAAACUACAGGUGUUUAGUCCGAGUGAUUAUAUAUGCAGGAAGGGCGACAUUGGAAAAGAAAUGUACAUAGUCAAGCGUGGACAGCUAGGUGUUGUUUCGGACGACGGGAAGACCAUAUUUGCCACUCUGAGGGAGGGUAGUGUUUUUGGUGAGAUAAGCAUAUUGAAUAUUGCAGGGAAUAAGAACGGCAACCGUCGAACGGCAAAUAUCAAGAGUACAGGCUACAGCGACCUGUUCUGUUUGUCGAAAGAUGACCUGUGGGAUGUUCUCACUCAGUACCCGGAUGCAAAGAAGAUUUUAAUUGACAAAGGUAAGAAAAUUCUUAGGAAAGACAAUCUUUUGGAUGAGGAACUGAUGAAAAAGGUCGAAGCGCAGCAAGAAACGACCGAACAAAAACUUGACAGGAUUGAUUCGAGUCUGGACACUUUACAAACAAGGUUUGCCAGACUUCUUGCCGAUUUCAACGCCACUCAACAAAGACUGAAGCAACGAAUCACGAAACUCGAAAAAGGCCUGGUGAAAGAUUCUGACGCAAUUUCCAAUAUUUCUUUCUUGGAUUCAUGAUGGAUGAGGUUUACAUCCCAUUUAUUAUAGAGCUAUCUAUAACUGUGAUCAAAACAAACGUCUAUCAACAUCGACUAAAACCAAUUUUACAACAAAAACAUGGUCGAUUCUAUUGAAAGGCCGCUCAAAUGCAAACAACAAACCGGAGACCAAUCCAUCUUAAAGCGUCACACAUCAUUGAUUCCGUAUAUUAAUCAUAUCUCAUGAAUUACCCCAAAGCGAUCAUGUCUUUGUCCUUAAUGACCAAGUGCAUCGAUUUGUCGAGUCAUUAAAUAUAAACGAAAACAAUGGAUGCAAGAUUCUAUAAUUCAAGUGUCAGAUAGACGGAAGUGACGUUGACCGGAAAUGGUGUGUCAACAAAUGUGUUGUCAAGUAUGCCGAGAAUGUCUUGUUUUUAAUAUAGAACCGUCCAAUGAGAUUAUAUUUAAAUGUCAUAAUACACGUUUCUUAUCUUAAAGUCAUUGUACAUAUAUAUGUGUAUAGUUUACUCAUGCAUAUGUAUAAAGUCAGUUAAGACGACUUGAUUCAGCAAAAGAAUCAUGUGUGCUACAAAUAGUCUAUUUAAAUGUCUAAAAUGUCCAUUAAUCGAAGUUGAAUUUCCCAAUUAAUCCACGUUUAAUCAAGGCAAACAAAUCAACAUUAAUUCUAUGUUUGAACUUAAUUUUGGCUCUAUUCCUCAAUGAUUUUAUAAACAAUGAUAAUUAUGAUCGUUUCCUCUUUUUUUUCU